ACAAUAGACUAGCAGAAUGAUUGUCUUUCUUGUGUCUUGUGCAGUUUUGGCAUCCGUAGCAAACGGUGGCAUAUCUAACGACUGCUUGAGAUGCAUUUGUAAGGUUGAAUCAAGCGGCUGUCGAGCUAUUGGUUGUAACUGGGACGUCAACUCGGUAUCCUGUGGUUAUUUUCAAAUCAAAAAAGAUUACUGGAUUGACUGUGGUCGACCUUGGAGAAGUUGGAAGGAAUGUGCCAAUGAUUACAACUGUGCCGCUGGAUGUGUGCGUUCCUACAUGGACCGUUACGGUGGCUCUCGUGGCUGCAAUGGCAACUGCGAGAGUUAUGCUAGACUCCAUAACGGCGGGCCUUCGGGGUGUAGAAAAUCGAGUACCAAAACCUAUUGGAACGAUGUUAAGCGGGAAGGAUGUACAGUAAACAGCUAAAGCCUUCUCUAGUUUCUUUUCUUCCAACGGCACCGAGAAAAUUGCAUAUUUGAAGAACAGAAAACAUACAAACAAAUGCAUUGUAUGUUAUUUACCGAUUGGUAAUUUAAGAAAAUAUAUUUGAAAAUAUGCCUGUAA